AUGGCAAGUAACAGGCUUCCAGAUAAGAAACUAACCGAGGUUAAGAAUAUUUCCAUCGACGACACAUCCACCGCUCCUCUAUGCAGCCUAUGCUUCGUCGAUUCGGUGAUUUAUAACAUCGUCAUGCAUGUUGUCAUCGUUGGCACAGUUGUACCGUUAUUUUUUCAUCUCCGGAAAAAUAACUACUACUUUUCCACGGUAUCAGCCCUAAUAGCGGCCGAAAUUUUGUCAUUUGUGUUCCAGCUUGCGUGCGUAAAUGACUGGCCUGAAGCUUUAGUUUACGGAAGUUUGAGUCAUGUGUUUGGUGUUACUUCAAUAUUCUUGCUACUUCGUCUAAUUUCUCCGGUCCUAGCCAUGAGAACGUGCAUACCAAUUCUUGUCUGGUUUGGAAUUACCUUCAUCUACCAUGUAGGUUCAUGCUGCUGUGCAGCUAUUCAAAGCGAUUUUGAACGCAAUUUGAAAGCUCGACGUGAUGCUCAAAGCGAUUUUGAACGCAAUUUGAAAGCUCGACGUGAUGCUCAAAGAGAUUUUGAACGCAAUUUGAAAGCUCGACGUGAUGCAGCAAAUCUCGUUUGA